GUUUAAUGACAUAUUUUGAUUUCAACUCACAAAAAACCAACCCCUCCUUCACUCCCCUUUCUCCUUCCUCCUCUUCUCCCACCCCAAACUAGAGACCCCAAAGGUUCCAUAGACUGCCGCGUGCUGCCGAGGAUUCCCCAUUUUUGGUCGUUUCAACCCGUGAUUCCAACGAAAAUAGAGCAACAGACGCUAAAAUGGUGCUAAAAUAUUGAAUGGGUUCGGAUCCGCCAUUAAUGGCUUCCCAGAAGUUGUUUGUUUUUCAGAAAUUGGAGAUUCAAAUUUUGAAGCUCCCCCUCGUUUUCUUUUAAAAACUUGUUUCAAAUCCGGACUUUGAAGUCCGGAUUUUGGGCUAUAAAUAGCCAGAUUUGUGUCCCACUAAAUGGGGGAGAAAAACAGGCAGAAAAUUCUAGAAAUUCGGAAAGAGGCGAAAAACAAAGAAUUCGAAAAAGAAAAAUUGCCGAGGAAAAUAAUUCAGAUCUGUAAAAGAAAAAGAAGAGAGAUUCGAGUGGAGGGAGGAAAGAAAAUUCGCCGGAAAAUUUAUUUUUUUCUCUUCCUGUUUUGUUUUUGGUCCAAGUUCGGAGUUUUAGUUGAGUUCGUAAUUGCCGGAAAGUACUUUGACGUCCACGCCCAGUUUAGCUGCACCGAACAAGGAAUGAAAUGCAAGGUAUGUGUAUUCAUCCGCUAUCGUAGAGUUUUCAGGAAUGAAAUGCAAGUGGUGUGAGAGGUUGGCCUUGGACGGUUUCAAGCGGGAUAGGGGUAGACCAAAGAAAUACUAAAGGAAAGUGAUUAAACGUGACAUGGAGCAGUUACAGCUGACCGAGGACAUGACCCAGGAUAGGAAGGUAUGGAGGAAAAACAUUAGGAUAGAGGACUAAGGUGUGUGGUUGAGUCGUAGGCAGUAGGUAGGAGGGCUUUGGUGUCCUUGUUUGGCAGUGUUCAAUAUUUUUGGUGGAUGUUAUGACUAUGUUAUUUUAUCAUGUUCCAUGCAUUUUUUUUCUAUAUAUACUGUCCUUUGUCUUGA